AUGGAGUCCAAGGGGGAGCAACUGCACAUCUUCUUCUUCCCCCUUAUGGCUCCCGGCCACAUGAUACCCAUCGUUGACGCAGCCAAAAUGUUUGCCGCAAGAGGAGUGAGGGCAUCCAUCAUCACCACCGCUGCCAACGCGCCGGCAGUUGAAUCCUCUAUCUGCCGGUCGGCCAAAUCCGGCGCCAACGUAGGGACGCUCCUCAUCGAAUGGCCCUUUUCGGCGGCCGGCCAACCCGAGAAUUUCUCUUGGAUUGCUUCGCCGGACAUGCGGCUGGACUUUCUCGUGGGCACCCCGGCUCUUCGCCCCUCAUUUGAGCGGCUCGUUAAGAAUCAUCGCCCCUCCGCCAUCGUCACCGACAUGUUCUACCCCUGGACAGUGGAGGUCGCUGAGGAGGUCGGGAUCCCGAGGCUGGUCUUCCACGCGACCAGUUUCUUCUCCCUCUGCCUUGAAGACAUACUCGUUCCUUCAACCGCCAGCCAGGAGAACCACGCGGAUAGCGACGAUCGCUUCGUCAUCCCCGGGAUUCCCCACCGGAUAGACUUCAGCCAAUCCCAAGUCUUCGACCCCAAAAAAAUGAGACCAGACUUCGCCGACCUGUUAAUGAAAAUGAAGGUGACUCAGGGGAGGAACUACGGCGCGAUGGUGAACAGCUUCUACGAGCUGGAGCCCGACUACGUCGAGCACUACAGGCAGGUGAUUGGGAGGAAGGCCUGGCAUAUCGGACCAGUGUCCCUCUGCAACAAGGACCCCGCUGACAGCGCGAUAAGAGGCGGCAAGACUACUGUCGACCAGGCAAGAUGCCUGAUGUGGCUGGACUCCAAGGAGGAGAAAUCUGUUCUGUACGUUUGCUUCGGGAGCCUGUAUCAGUUCACGAAGACCCAGCUUCGAGAAAUAGCGGGAGCGUUGGAAUCUACCGGCUACCCUUUCAUCUGGGUUACGCAAGGGGGCGGAGAAGAUAACCCCUCCGGUCAGUGGUUGCCGGAGGGUUUCGAGGAGAGAGUGGUGGAAUCUGGUGGCGGUAUGAUAAUCCGGGGAUGGGCUCCGCAGGUUCUUAUCCUCAACCACGUGGCCGUGGGAGGGUUUAUGACCCACUGCGGCUGGAACUCAAGCCUGGAGAGCAUCGCCGCCGGGCUGCCAGUGCUGACCUGGCCGUUGGAGGCCGACCAAUUCUACAACGAGAGGCUGCUGGUGGACGUGCUGAAGAUUGGCGCUGGGAUGGGGGUGAAGGUCUGGUCUAUUCGGAAAGAACAUAGGUCAGCGGUGAAGGCGGAGGAGAUCGUGGCGGCCGUGGGUCGGCUUAUGGGAGCCAGUCCAGACGCGGAGGAGAUGAGGGGUAGGGCGAGGGAGCUCAAAGCGGCGGCGAGGCGGGCAAUGGAAGAGGGAGGCUCGUCUCACGCGGACGUGGGUCGCCUGAUACAGGAGCUGUCGGACAAGCAAGCGGUCGGAUCCCGUGUCUGA